CCGGAAGCCGCGGUUCCGCGGCUUCCGGCGGCGGGGGCGACGGGAACGCGUGCCGGUAACAGCAACCAUGGCGUACCGCGGGCAGGGCCAGAAGGUGCAGAAGGUGAUGGUGCAGCCCAUCAACCUCAUCUUCCGCUACCUGCAGAACAGAUCCAGGAUCCAGGUGUGGCUCUACGAGCAGGUGAACAUGCGGAUAGAAGGCUGCAUCAUUGGCUUUGAUGAAUAUAUGAACCUGGUGCUGGACGACGCGGAGGAGAUUCACUCCAAAACAAAAUCCAGGAAACAGCUGGGUCGGAUCAUGUUAAAAGGGGACAAUAUCACUCUUCUACAAAGUGUUUCUAACUAGGGUUUGUUGCUCUUCACGUUGACCGAUGGAAGUCAAGCGCGUACGGUGCUAGGGGGAGCAGGAGUAGAGAGGUUAUGCCUGAGGUUAUGGUGAUGUGCAGAGUUGGAAACUGCAUCUUCCUUAUCUUCCUUUGUGCGAGUCCUUUGUAGUUCCCUUGGGGUUUUGUAGUUUGAAACGAUGCAUGAUUUAUUCCACAAAUAAACGUUUUUUUCACAUAUAAA